UUUCCCCCUUUAGCUAUGACAGGGGAUCCACAUUCAACGUGUUUGUGGGAAAAGGACAACUUAUUGCUGGGAUGGACAAAGCCCUGGUCGGCAUGUGCGUGAAUGAGCGGCGGUUCGUGAAAAUUCCUCCCAAGCUCGCCUACGGAAGCGAAGGCGUCUCUGGUGUGAUACCUCCCAAUGCUGUGCUCCAUUUUGAUGUGCUUCUGAUCGAUCUCUGGAAUUCGGAGGACGAAGUGCAGGUUCAGACUUACUUCAAACCUGAGAAGUGUCCGCGGACAGUCCAGGUGUCUGACUUUGUACGAUACCAUUACAAUGGAACGUUCUUAGAUGGGACCCUGUUUGAUUCAAGUCAUAAUCGGAUGCGAACUUAUGACACCUAUGUGGGAAUUGGAUGGCUGAUUCCUGGUAUGGACCAGGGUCUCUUGGGAAUGUGUGUAGGAGAGAAGCGCAUUAUCACAAUACCACCUUUCCUGGCAUAUGGAGAAGAAGGAGAUGGUAAGGAGAUCCCUGGCCAAGCUUCUCUCGUCUUUGAUGUGGUUUUGCUAGAUCUCCAUAACCCCAAAGAUGGCAUUACUAUUGAGAAUCAGCACGUGCCUGAAUCUUGCGAGAGGAGAAGCCAGAUAGGAGACUUUCUUCGAUACCAUUAUAACGGCACGCUUUUGGAUGGCACAUUGUUUGAUUCCAGCUAUUCACGAAAUCGUACAUAUGACACCUAUGUCGGGAAAGGUUAUGUAAUUGCUGGAAUGGAUGAAGGUUUGCUAGGUGUGUGCACUGGUGAAAAAAGAAGAAUAAUAAUCCCCCCUCAUCUUGGAUAUGGAGAAGAAGGAAGAGGAAAGAUUCCAGGAUCUGCAGUGCUGGUCUUUGACAUCCACGUGGUUGACUUCCACAACCCCUCAGAUUCGGUCAGCAUUACUGUUAACUACAAACCCUCCAACUGCACCGUACUGAGUAAGAAGGGAGAUUACUUGAAGUAUCACUACAACGCUUCGCUCCUGGAUGGUACUUUGCUAGACUCAACACACAGCCUUGGCAAGACCUAUAACAUAGUUCUGGGAUCUGGACAGGUGGUGGUGGGGAUGGACAUGGGCCUUCAAGACAUGUGUGUUGGGGAGCGACGAACAGUUGUUAUUCCACCUCAUCUCGGUUAUGGAGAAGAUGGAGUAGAAGGAGAAGUGCCUGGUAGCGCUGUAUUAGUUUUUGAUAUCGAACUUCUGGAACUGGUGUCUGGCUUGCCUGAAGGGUACAUGUUUGUAUGGAAUGGGGAAGUCUCUCCCAAUCUUUUUGAAGAAAUAGACCAGAAUCACGAUGGAGAGGUUCUUUUGGAGGAGUUUUCAGAGUACAUUCAAGCUCAAGUUGAUUCUGGCAAAGGAAAACUAGCUCCUGGUUUUGAUUUUGAAAAGAUUGUUAAAAAUAUGUUCACCAAUCAAGACCGGGAUGGAAAUGGUAAAGUUACCGCUGAAGAAUUCAAGUUGAAAGACCAGGAGGCCAAAGAGGAACACGACGAACUGUAAAGCUAAG